AUGGAUGAGCAAUUGUUAUAAAUUAAUUCAAAAAUAAAGUUGCAAUCGCUACUUGCUAAUUAAGCAUCGACCUCAGUCAACGUGUUCUAUCAUGUUAAAUGUAAAUAAAAAUUGUACUUUAUGCAGACAUAAUCAAGUUUAUUAUUUCAGUUAUAAUGGCGCUAUAAGAUGAAAGGAAUGUUUGAUUCAAUAUAAUAAUAUAAUUACUAUAUUAUGAUCAUGAAUCUCUAUCCAAAUAAUAAUAAAUGGGAAUUUACUCUGGACAAUAUUAUAUGUAUUUAAAUGAUUCAUUGUUAUAAGAAUUAUAGUUAUUUUAAUUUAAGUUAAAGAGAGAUGAUAAAUCUGAAUGAGGAACAAAAAAUACAACAAAACAAACUAGUUAACAUUUUUGGUUAACAUACCAAAUAAGCAUUUAUAAUCUUUAUAAUGAAUGCACUUUUAAGAGUAUAAGAAAACGAUUCAUUUUUUAUGUCAAUUACCCUGUAUUUAACAAUCAUAAUGUUCUUAUUUAAUUGUGUUGCAGCAGUAUUUUUGCUAUGUUUCAAGAGAGAAUUUCCGAAGGUUGAGUACUUCCUGAUAUACACAAUGAAUGUGUUUAUGUUUAUAACUCUUCUUGUGUAUUCACUCAAUUACUUUAUUUAAAAAAAAGAGCAAGACCAUUUGCUUUAAUUAUAUAUAAAAACGUACAUCAUGAUAUUGUUGGGGAAAGUAUGUUAAUUUAUAUAAAUCAAAGGAAAUCGAAAUAUUAAUAAUCAAAAUAUUUCCACUUGAAUUAACGAAUAGAUCAGUUAACUGUUUUACAUCAUGUAUAAUUGGUAUGAUGAUUUUAUCCCAUGGAGAUCAAUACGAAUGCUAAAACAAAUACUCAAUGGUUCUGUUAUCUCUCCUGCUCACAAAUGUUCUGACUUCUAUUUUUAAUCUAAUUUUCACUUUGAUUCUGUUUAAUCAAAAUAGAUCUUAGAAGGAACUAAGAAACUUUGCUGAGUAAUUGUACUUAAAUUAUGAAUAGCUUGUUGUUGACAGUGCUAUUCUUAGUCCAUAUUGUCUAAUAUGUGUUAGUUUUCAUUAAGACGAAUGACAUAGUUGAAGAAGAAUGCUAGUGUUUGAGUUUCAUAUUCCAAUUCCAGAAAUAUGUAGCACCAAUUAACUUCAUAUCAUUCUUAUUUGUGAUUUAUUAAGAGGUGCGUUACUUCAAGGAAGCAAUUAAGUACUAGGAACUAAUUGAAAAGAAUAGUCAACACAAUCAUAUGUGUAAUUCUAAUGAAUUAAUUAAAAUAGAUAGUGCAGGCAUCUAAAAUUAAUAAGCAUUGAAAUAGGGAGUGCGACAUUCCAUUAAAAGUUUAAGUUCAGUAGUAAAUCCAAUGGAGGCGAGUCAAAGUAAUUCUCAGGCUCCCAACUUCGGAAUGUAUGUUUGUUUAAGUUAAUUCGAGUGAGAAGCAAGGAUAACAAUUAGAAAAGUUGGGAACUAGUCAAUUUGGAGCAUCAUAGCAUAAUUAGGGUAUGUUACAUUCUUGGGCCAAUGUGUAAAAUCCUAAUCCUUUUGGAACUAAUGUGAAAGAACAAUAAGAAAGUAUAGAGCAUCAAAAAAGGGGAAGCAAAUCUGUUGAUGAAAGUUUAAUUCGUUAAGAGGAGUCUCAAAUUCCAGAGAAUUUGUCUCAAGUUAAUAAUCCCAUGGAGUCUGGUAGUGUGGUUACUAUUCAUUGA